AUGACUAUGUCAUUGCGACAUCGCCAAUGGGCUGGAAUAAUGAGGUCCGCGCAUAUCAAUGUUACAAUACUUAGACGAGCAUACAAAAGACCACGUUCAAGGGCGAAUGGUUAUCGACUUCUGUUUCUUGAUGGCCAUGAGCCCCAUAUGAAGUACGAUUUUAUCAGCUAUUGCCAACAGAAUCGGAUUCUUAUGUACUGUUUCCCUUCUAAACUUACUCACCGUCUUAACCCUCCGAUUCUAAGCCCUUCCAAGCAUAUUAGCACUACUAUCGGAGGGAGAACAAUUGGACUAGACGAUGGGGUGGAUCAGUUACAGAUAAGAAGAAUACGGUUCGAAUGCAGACUUUCAACUUCAACCGUUCGACAUGCCUUCAAACACUGUGGGCUUUGGCCCUUUAAUCCUGAAGUGAUUUGCCAAGAUCUUCAACCAUAUGACGGGCCAGACCUAGUCGUCUAUGAUAGAGGCAAAGAAUACGAGCUUCCAGAGUGGAAUUUCCACCAUAGCCGCCCAGUCCCAGUGGAAGAAAGGGGGGAAGAGGAUCGAGAAACACCGCCUCCCGCUUCAAGUUCUACGAUCACUCAAUUCACCACCAACGACAGUCGCAAAAUUGCCAAAAAAAACAUCACAACGGCAAGAGAAAGCUUUCCAAACAAUGACAGUCCCGAAUCUAAUAAAUUGAAGCGUCGGGCUGAGCGGAUUUGUCAGGGAAGUCUUCUACAGGCCCAACCAGCGGCCCAGAGAACCGGGUGCAAGCCAAAUGCCAAAAGCCCUAAGCGUCAGUCAUCUAAAGGGGGUGCUCUACAAGUCAGGGACUCGAAUACCCUCAUCUGGAACCGGGAUAUCGUGGAGGCUGAGCAACAAAGGCGGAAGUAUGAACGUGAAGCUAAAGAGUUGGGAGCUGAAAUGCUACGCCGUGCCGAAACUAGGGACCAGGAGAACCAGAGAAGAGAUGCAGAGUUUGACUGGGUCACUGGAGAUGACAACCAGCCACUUUAUACUAUCGAUAACGUAUCUCACUAG